CAAACAAUGAACGUGAUGGUUAUGUUAGGUUAUGUUAGGUAAACGUAAAUGAUGCUAUUGUUAAAAUUGAGGUUCAACUAAUAUUGUUAUAAUAACCGCAUUAAAAGUAGUUCGAAAACGUAGUCCGCAUCAAAAAUGAACCAAACAAUCAAAUAUUUUAUUAUAUUGCUGGUAAAAACUGUGCAUAUAAGCGAGGAAUGCGAUUUUAUAGACAAAUCAUUUUUUUGUGAAGAAUCAGAAUCUUUGAUGUUUGAAUAUAAUUCGAAAGAUCAUUCUGAGGUGGAAGAAAUGAAAUUUUCGAAAUUAAACUACUCGAUAAUUAAGCAUUUUCUUGCAAAUAUUGAAGACAACGUUAAAGAACAGGUUAAAAUAAUCAGAAUUGCGGAAUGUGAAGUUGAAGAUGUUUCCGAGGACAUUUCAUCGAAUUAUCCCGAAUUGAAAAUUUUAGAUUUAAGCGAAAACAAUAUAGAAAACUUGGAUUUUGUAACUAAACUUCCCGAACAAUUAGAAGAAUUAUAUUUGAGAAAAAAUAAUAUAUCAACUAUUCCAGAGGUAUUUACGCACCUUAAGAUGUUAAAAGUAAUAGAUUUGAGCGGAUGUAAUAUCGAAAGUGUCAAUUUUAUUGUUUUUAAAAAUAAUUUGCAUCUGAUUUUAGUUAACGCAUCAUAUAAUAAUAUAGAAAUUUCGGAAUCCGAAGAAUAUUUAAAAAAUAUAGAGUGCGUGGAUUUGAGUUAUAAUAAAUUAAAAAAAUAUAGUAAUAUUCCGUCUUUGUGCUUAGAUUUUAGUUAUACCGAUAUGACAGGUUAUCGUUGGUAUAAUAUACCAGAAAAUAACAGAACAAUAAUGGUGGAAAAAUUCUAUUUUUCAGGAAAUCGACAAUUGAACUUGUUAGCAACUAACGUUAAAAAUGAAACUGUACCAAUGGUAAUUAAAUAUCUGAAUCUUUCUUAUUUCAAAGGUAAUUUGAGUGAGCUAUGCUUAGAAAAAGUGAAAAUUAAAAAAUUAUUAACGUUAACAAACUCUAAAAUAGAAAAUUUAGAUAAAUCCAGCUACGAUUUUCAAAAAUUGUUUUAUAUCGAGGGAACAAACGCAACUUUGGAUUUAUCAAAUUGUUCGAUAAAAUAUAUCUCCGAAAAUUAUUUCCAAAAUUAUGAUUUAGGUAGGUUGAAUUUGUGUUAUAAUAAUUUUAAGACUUUAAAAAACGGUGUUUUUAAAAAUUCUUAUAUUGUACAAUUGGAUUUGUGCCAUUCUCAGAUUUAUAUAAUCGAAAAUGAAGCAUUUUUAGGUCUACACGUUUCUAUUUUGAAUAUAUCAAAUAAUCAUUUAGAGGAUUUACAAUUUUUACAACAAAUUACAACGGUACGAUCUAUAGAUUUAUCGAAUAAUAAUAUAAAAUCUAUUUAUUUAGAAGAACUACGAAAUUUAAAAGAUCUAACACAUAUUAAUUUGAGUUAUAAUAAGAUAAUUUCUAUUCCUACACAUAGUUUUUCUUUAAAUAAUAUAAAAUUAAUUGAUUUAAGUAACAAUAAUAUUAAACAAAUUAAGAAUGGAACUUUUGUAAAUAUCCAAAAUUUGGAGGAGUUGUAUUUGCAAAGUAAUAACAUAGAAAUUAUCGACGAUGACGCUUUUCAAUAUUUGCCGGUGUUGCAAAAAGUUGAUUUGAGAGGAACUAGUAUUUAUGGUAUUAAAAAAUAUGCAUUCAAUGUAGGCAGUUCAUAUUUCAACAAAAUAUAUUUAAAACAUAACGAAAUUUCAAAUCUACAAUUGGUUUGUGAACUUUUCAGAUCAAAACCGUAUCGGUCAACGUGUUAACUCUGUUCAUAUAAAUAAAUUUCUAUCGAAACUUCAAAAACACAAAUUUUCUUUAAACCCUUAACUAAUGAACACAUUUGUUCAUAAAAUUAUACAUUGAAUGAAACAAUCUAUAAACUUGUAAUAAAUUACUUAGAUGUCUAAAACUACUUAUUCAUUUGUUGGGUUUAGUUUUAUCAUGUCAAUAAAAUAUUUCCAACGUUUUUCGUAUAAUAUGUUUUAUCAAAUCUUUUUUGUGAACAUAUUAUUUUAACACGCUUUUAAUAGUUUCACCUGUAUGUUUUAGAUUUUGAUUGU